CUAUGUAUAUUUGUAUCCAAAGAGAGAAUGGACGGGAUUCAUCCCAAGUUUGUUCUGUCCAAGAGGUUUCCUGUUCACGCUGCCGUGGAGCAGCUGAACCUGGAGGAACUGGAGAAACUUCUAACUCCAGCAUCAGAUGCUAGGUUUCAUUUUGGCAGGAAACUUAACGGGACGGAUAUCAGUAUACUUCAUCAGGCCUGUGCAACAAAGAUGGUAGAGAGGAGCUGGGAGAAGUUUGCAGUUCGUGAGGUUAUCAGGGUCCUACUAGAGCUUGGAGCUCCGCACACAGAUAUUGAUCAGGCCGGACAAACUCCACUCUUCUACGCGGUCAGCCAUCAACUAGCAGAGGAUAUAGUUCCUAUCCUUCUAAGAGCAGGAGCAAACCCAAAUGUACAAAGAAAGGCUGAUCAGUGGUCUCCACUAUUCAUCUGUGCAAUGCUAGGGCGUACACAGGUUGCAAAUAUCUUACUGCAGUCUGGAGCAGACCCUGAUUUAGAGGAUGAGGAUGGAAGAACUGCAGAGGAUGUUGCUAAAGAAUAUAGACAUUUUUCGACUGCGGAUAUAAUUUCAAGUCCACGUCGAAGAUAUCGUCCUGAAUUUCCUUCCCAGUGGUCCGACCUUCUCAUCUCUAGUCUUAAGGACGACUGUAUUAUCCUAUGGGACGAGCACAUAGAAUGGAGAGCUAAGGACGGAGUAACCCUCCUCCAUAUAGCAAGCUGGACUGGGAACCUGAACCUGUUCAAUGCAUUCUGUAAUGACGUCAAGGGACGUAAUCUCCUCUCCCUCUCUACAACUGAAGGUCUAACUCCACUCUCUCUGGCGAUCAUCAACGGACAGACAGCAAUCAUUGAGGCGUAUUUCCAGCACAGGAUCGCCAAGAAGUCGAUCUAUCUUCAGUCUGAUAUCAUCAAGGACAGUUGUUUAACUAUUCCUCAUCUCCUUUUCCAGUUUUCUCCUCUCACGCAUCCUAAAUGUUUGCUCAAAAGGAAGGAUCUAACAUCAGGAAUUGUGAACGCUGUUGAUAAAAAGGGGAACACUCCCUUAGUUCAGUGUGCACUUAGGAACAGUAGGGAUACUGUCAGACGAUUACUGUCAAGUAAAGCAGCAAAUGAAAGAUCUCUAUUCGAUCUCUCUGUACAGAACCAAUAUGGGAAAAAUGUUCUCCACUACUUAGUGAUAAAUAAUGACAAGCAUAAUGUGCUGUUGACCCUAAACCUGCUGGCCAGGGACCUCCGGUCAACCCAGCUUCUUAAUGCUUUCGACGUCAAUGACCUCAACCCUAUCAUGUAUUGCCUAAAACUGGGAAACAAUGAUAUUGCAAAAGCGAUUUUCAAUCAUCCAAUAGCUAAGGAUUUAUUGGAUCUGAGUGUACGAGAUCGGAAUGGGAAAACAAUACUUCACCUAGCGGCAGAACGGGGAAACACAGUGUUUUGGAACCUUCUCUUCUCCAGACCGGAUAAAGAUCCAGUAAUACGUGACGAGGACGGGAACACUGCUCCGAUGACCGCUGCACUAGCUGGUAAACCUGAUAUAAUCAUCUCCUGGCUCCAGCAGGUUAAUCAAGCUAUGGAUGCUAGUAUACUUCUCUCAGUACAGAACCAGGCUGGGUUGAACCUCUUCAUGCUCGUGGUUAAGCACUUGGAAGAAUCAGUUUCAAUCAAGUUUAUUGAUUCUCUAGAUCUAAGCGUAUGUAUAGACCAGAAGGAUAAACAAGGUAUGAAUGUUCUCCUACUCCUUUGCUCCCUGGAGAAGUGGAACCUCGUCCUCCACCUACUAAAGAAUUCUAAACUAGAUGAUAUUGUCAUGGAUAUCCAUCCUACGGAUAAAAAUGGAAGCAGUUCACUAGUCCUUGCUCUUAUAGCAAAAUCAACAGCGGAGAGACAACUUGCCAACUUUAAGCUGAAGCAUGAUUCCAUAGGAGAAAGAGGAUCCCGAAGGCAGGUUGAGAGACAGGAGAGUAUUGUGGAACUAUUGCUGAAGAAGGAGAGAGAUCUGCAUGGAACAAGCAUCACGACAGGACGAGAUACCGGGAUCAAGUGUAUCCGGGAGCAGCUGGAGUGCAACAGGAAGAUUAGAACUCCUGUCCCAGAGGAGAUUAUCCAGGAGUUCACAAACCUUUACAGUGUUGUAUUUAGACCUAAAAAGAAACCUGCUCCUCCUCCGGAGAUCCCAAUUCAGAAACCUGUCAUAAAAACUGAACUCUCCACCUUCCAGCAAAGAAUGAAUGAUAUCUAUAAAGAAGCGCAGAAGAAUGGAAAGGAAAAGGAUGUUAUCAUGGAGGGUUUAAAAUUAGAAAGAGCUCCGGAAAAGGUUUCUAAACCAGAGAAGCCAUGCUUUGAUGAUAUUGAAUAUGAAUAUGAUGAACCUGCUAAAGAUUUCAAGACGGAGAAACCAAAAACAAAUGGAGAAGCUGGAAAACCAGAGAUCCCUGAAAUUGAGACAAAAUCUGAAGAAAACGAACCUUCAGUAGCAGAAAUCCGAGCAAUGUGGAAACAGAAUAGAAAACAAGAAACUCCAGAGGAAAGAAAGGUUGAAGAUUUUAGUUCCAGUGACUUCUUUGAGAGUUUACUAAAGAAGCACGAGAUGAAUGGCAUAACGGAGAAACCUCUGAAGAUUGAAGGUUCGGAGGAUACAGAGUUAGCGGAGCGAAUGAACGAAGAAAUACUCUGGGCUCUCCAGCAGAAGCGGGAAGCAGAGCAGUUAGCUAAUCCUAAACUUAAAGAAGAAAACCCUCAAACUAAACUUUCAGAACCUAUUUCUAAACCAGAGAAACAAGAACCAGUUAAAGUGAAAGCUAAGAAGGAGGAAAUUAAAAAGGACAGUAUGAAUUUCCUCUCAUUAAUCAAACCUCCGCCAAAGUUAGAUGCCAAGGCGCUGAAAGAGCAGGAGGAGAGAGAGAUUAAAGAACUUGAAAACGCCAUAAACGAAGAGAUAAAAUGGGCACAGGACGAAAAGAAGAGACUUGAAGAAGAACGGAAUAAAAGAUUGUCAGGAAUGAACUUUAAGGAACCGGAAACCCCAGUUUUAAAUUCUCUGAAUGAAGAGGAAGAAAAGAAAGCAGAAGAGGAGAGAAAGCGAAAGAUAAGCGUAGAACGGGAAAGGAUGGAAAGAAUACAACGAGAGGCUGAGGAAAUGAUACGAAAAGUGAAGGAAGAGCAAAAUCUAAUGAAGCUCAAACAACCAGAAAUCACAGCACAGCCAGACACAGAGGAUAAAACUCAUGGUUCAGAUAAAACUAAUCACGAAUCUUCUCUUUUGGGCAAAUCUAUUUCAGAAUCUAAAAAGGAGGAUAAAGGGGAAGAGAAGAAAGAAGAGAAGAAGAUAGAAAAGAAGGAAGAGAAGAAAGAAGAAAAGUUUUCUCAGAUAACCUUGAAAAAUAGAAGAGUUGAUGCAGCAAACAAAUCUUUAACAAUCCAGGAAAGAAUAGAGCAACAGAAGAAGAAGGAAGAAGAACGAAUUAAAAGAUUUCAAGAAGAGAAGGAAAGAAUGUUAAAUCUGCAAAACGCAGUUGAAUCCAAGAUCUCCAGUAUGAAAACAGACCCGGAGAAAACGCCUAGUCCUUCCUUAUCCAAAACAACAGAAAGUCCAAUUCUGAUCGGAAAUGAUCGCAAAAAAUCAAUUAACGGAAUAGAGAUUAUAGAAAAUGGAAAUGAGAAUGGUAUAAAAAUACCUAAAUGGAAACUAGACAAGGCUAAACAAUCUAAAUCUGUUGAUACUCCGGAGUCUCCGGCGAGUAUAGCGGGAGAGAAAAAAACUUCUCUGGAUCUUAGUCCGACAGAUUCUCCGACUCUGAUGGAUCCGGAGCUUAAAAAACUGCCAAGAUGGAAACGAGAAAAGCUAUUGAGGGAUAGAAAGUUAUCAGUGGAAAAAUCGGAGUCAGUUUCUCCAAUGGACAGUUCUCCCUCUCCUACUCUACCGACCCUAAAGAUUACAACCCCACCGAGAAUCCCGGAGAAAGCUCAAGAACUUACUUUUCCGGAACCUUCCCCUCCUGAAUAUAUUGCUCCUCUUCCGGAAUCUCCGGGACAAAUUCCGGUGACGCCUCCUAGAAAAUCCCCCUCUCCUCAACCUCCCCAAACCUCGGAGAAGACGGAAGAGGCUCCGGGUCCGGCUCCGGUACGACGAAGACGAAAAACAUUAGAUACUGAGGACCAGCAACAAUAUGCUGGUCAACAGAGCAGACCGGCCAGGAGAUCAAAAAUAGAAGAAACCAUAGCAGAGGCGGUGGAUGGAGCUGAUUGGAAAAGUAUAGGAGUAGGGGUUGAUGCUAGACCUGGAUACAAGGAUGCGUCCACACAGACAGAUCCAGUUCCAACUGUAGAUAUGGCAGUUUAAAUAUAUCUUCUAAACUUAGAUAAAUACAUGUAAAAAUAAAAAUACAAUGAAUCAG